AUGAACAAUGGAGACAGCAAGCCUUACAAGAUGUAUCAUGAGAGGCGAGCACAAAACGAAAUUGGAUUCGAAAGAAUAUAUACGCAUCCCCAGGAGAAUUCCUCUCAUCAUAUAUACCGCCCUUUCCCAAGUACCAAGAACCAGCAAGCAGAACAAUUUAAUAACAAAUACGAUCAAUUCACCGAAUUUUAUUUUCCGAAGAAUCCUCAUACACGUUUGAUAUAUGAAACUAGGGGUUAUCAUGAAUAUAAGACUCGAACUUUUCCUGAUUUUACGGUAUCAAGGACAAGUCAUCAAAAUGGGGAGGUUGUGUCUACCUCUUCUACACCUAUUUCCAAACUUGUACCUGAUUUGGAACGCGGACGAAAUAAAUACAUAGAUAAAUGCACCGCUGUACAUAGUGGUUCAGCCACCGAGCCCAAUCGAUCCUCUAUCCUUGAGCCCAAGAACUGGAAUACAACUCAAAAGAAGACUAGCGCCACUCAUAGCAAUAAAGAUAACGAUAUUGGACGUGCCUGUGUCUUCCAAUGUGAUCAUGCUACCACUAAGGUGAUCACUAUGAUGCACAGUGGUGGUCUUACCAAGCAAGAUGAAAAUAAAGCUCGACGUACCAAGCCACCUGAUUUGGCAUGUACCACAUCUCUUACUCAUUCUUUGCCCAAUAUAUGCAGCUUCGUCAACGGUAAGCAAAAGGAAGAUAUAAUAACAGCUGUUCGUCGCCCUAUUCAUGAUGAACCUAAAGUCAAACGUUCAAUUUCUCAACUCCGUCCGUCUACCGAUAGCGAGUCGAUUAAUCACAGUUCCAUAUCUUUCAUUGAUCUUACGGGCGCCCUUGAAUCUGAUUCUUCGUCAAAUUAUCAAAGUCAGCAGCUAUACCCAAGCGAUCCUGAAUCAUUGAAACUAGCAUCGACUGUCAAGUGCCCAAAGAGAGAGCAUAUUGUAGACCUAACAUUGGAUUCUCCUAGUCGGAAAAAACCAUUCAUGAGGUGUCAAGUCACUAAUACUCACCAAGUUAGCUCAGCCCAAAGUCAUUAUAGCACCACCUCAACUUACGGAUCUCACGAUAAGAAAAUUCUUUCUCCGGAACUAAGACAUUGGAUGAAUUUCAAUCCAAUCAAGCACAUUGUCGUUUGUUCCAAAGAUUCACCAGAUAUUUCAGACAGAAUAUACGAAAUGAGACAUUCAGCCGCGUCAAUAUCAGAAGAUAUUAUGACCUUGCUCAACAUCAAGGUUGAUCAUAUCAAUAUCCACUCCGUACAUCUCAAAGAUCAUAAAAUCGAUUCACCAAUUCCCUCCCUAGGCAACACUAACAAGAUGCAUGGUCACUCUUCUAAAAGCGCAUUGGCGUUCGUCUCUACUAUUAGAUCUGCGGCAAUUGGCGAUACUAUACUCCUGGUGUCAUUGGGUAAUCAUGGUAUCUCCAACUCACCUCGCGCAUGGGUGGAUUUGAGAGAGAAUUACCCAGCAUACAAGUUCUUGAUUGCUAUACAAGAGCGUCAAAAUUCCAACUCGCAUCCAGAUCCCUUGUGGCGGAUUACAAAAAAACGAAAAUAUUUGAUUUUUCCCUUAUAUCAGCUUUUGCGAGUGUGUCUGGGUUUGGAAAGUCCAUGUGGCGAAGCAAAGUUGUAUUCAAAACAUUUGACACUGUGUAAUGAUGGGCGCGAAGCCACGGCUGAAGCAGAGACAAAGAUCGGGAAUGGAAACAUUGCCGACCAACACGCUCGAGCCUUAUUAUCACGCUGGGCAUGUCCCGUUGACGGCUGUGGUAUGACUUGGUAUAGAAGCCUAGCUGGAGACCAAGCAUGGCAAACCCAUUGUAUGAUGGAACACGACGGUUUCCGUAAACUCGUCUGUCCUCUGGCUGCCUGUAGAUCCAGUACAUUUCGAGAUUACAAGGGGGUCGUUGAGCAUAUAGAAAAUGUACACAUUGCAGCGUUAGGUCUCCGAGAUCAUUAUCGUAGCUCGCACGAUCGUGACAGGACUCUUUCCGAUUUUCGGUGUACUGAGGAUAUCAGAGUAUGUGGCAAUACACGUUGCAGCUAUACAAAUCAGCUUGCUCUGGAUACUCAUAUGGAAUUUUUCCAUCCAUACUCAGCUUGGAAAGAUCGUUUGAAAGAUUUCUCGAGCCUAGCAGAAGAGGUACAAAGCAAGUGGUCAACGGGAGAUCUUAAGCCAGAUGAUGGGCCCACUCUGAGUGAAGCUUUCCAAUGUAUCGAUGCGACGGUAGGUAGUCAAAGUACGGUUAUAGUGGGACAAAACGGAAUGGAUCAAGACAAAUUCUAUGCCAUGGGACCCCUCGAGAAAUCUUGGCCUUUCAUGGCAGAUUUCCUGAGAGCAACACAGGAGCCUCUCCGGGAAGAAUAUCGGAUUCUUUUGCGCAAGAUUUGA